UUCCGACACCCUUGUGUUUCCACAGCCUCAGAGCGAUCUGUGUGUCCGUCCCUAGAUGAAGCACCCCUGUUCUCGGUGCCCUUCAAACCGUACAUGUGGAACAGCCUGGGUGGCUCCGAGCUGAGGCACCUUGUGCAAAGCUACAGGCCCUGCUCCACGCUGGAGCGAACCUCAGCCCUGGGGCUCUUCUGCGAGCGAGGCUCUGAGCCUGCCCUCUACGGUGCAGAGUGUAGCUCUUCCCUCGGACUUUAUGGUGACUUUGGCUCCCCAGGCCCGAGGCUGUUUGAGCGGCCACCAGCAGCAGCGCCCGGAGUUUAUGCCGAGACACAGCCUGGUCUGCAGCAGGAGAAGGGGCCAGGUGGCAUCAAAGUGGAGUCAGACCUCUUGUGCCGACCAUUGCUCAUCAGCACUGGCUCUUACAAGUGUGUCAAGUGCAGCAAGGUCUUCUCCACGCCACAUGGCCUUGAGGUACACGUGCGCCGCUCACACAGUGGCACGAGGCCCUUUGCCUGCGACAUGUGUGGCAAGACCUUCGGCCAUGCAGUCAGCCUGGAGCAGCACAAGGCCGUGCACUCGCAGGAACGCAGCUUUGAUUGCAAAAUUUGUGGCAAGAGUUUUAAGAGAUCUUCUACUCUGUCCACCCAUCUGCUCAUCCACUCGGACACCCGGCCGUACCCGUGCCAGUACUGUGGGAAGCGGUUCCACCAGAAAUCUGAUAUGAAGAAACACACCUUCAUUCACACAGGUGAGAAGCCUCACAAAUGCCAGGUGUGUGGAAAAGCCUUUAGUCAGAGCUCCAACCUCAUCACUCACAGUCGGAAGCACACAGGCUUCAAGCCCUUUGGCUGUGAUCUGUGUGGCAAAGGCUUCCAACGAAAGGUGGAUUUACGGAGACACCGGGAGACACAGCAUGGCCUGAAAUGAGGCCCUGCUCCAAUACGGAAAGCACCUACAACACUAUGAGAACAGACACCCUUGGCUUCCCUGCUGGACCCCAGCCCUGUCCUGAGCGCAGACCCUGGCAUUACCUUUCUGACUAGGAGCUCAGAGAGGAAAGAAGAGGACAGGGCCAUGCAUUGACAGUGAAUGACUGUGAAGGUGGAAAUUAAAGGCUGGAGUUUCUCUCUUUCUCUUCCCCUCUUGGUUUGUGAAAUAACACUGGAAAAUAAGCCUUUUAGAUAUGAAGCCUGAUACUCUGAAGAUGGAUAAGCUACCAAAUAACUGUAAGCUAGAAAGUAUUUCUCCCAUGGCCGAGAUGAACCUCCUGAAGUUUUCAGUAGCUUGAAUC